AUGGCAGAUGUGAAUGAAUAUUUCUCUAUUGACUUGUCUAAUGAUGGAGGUAUGAGUGAGGAUGAUGAUUCUGUGGCAGUGGCUGAUGAUGGCAAUGGCAAUAAUGAGAAUUCUAAUCCAGAUCGUUGCAAAUUAAUCCCUGACUUGACAGCUGAUGAGAUAAGGGAGCUGGUGUUUUGUUCUGAGAAGGAUGCUGUUGAAUUUUACCAACACUAUGCCCAUUUCAAAGGUUUUGGUGCAAGGAAAGAUGAUGUCCGUCGUGAUCGAAAGGGUAAUAUUAUUAGUCGUCAAUUGGUGUGUAAUAGGGAAGGUGAGAGACAUGAGAAGCAUUUGAAUAAGGUUAGCCGAGUCAAAGAAGCAAAGCCUAUUACCAGAGUGGCUUGCCCAGCAAAGUUCCGUGUCCGUUUUCAUGCAGACUCAAGCAAGUGGAAGGUUGUGCUAUUUGAACCAGAACACAAUCAUGGGUUGACACCUGCAUCCCACGUUCAUUUGAUGCCCUCAUUCAGGGGAUUGACUGAUGGUGACAAGGCUCAAGUAGACAGUCUAAAGCUGUAUGGGGUGAGAAGUUGCAACAUAAUGGGGCUUUUGAUGGGUCAGAAAGGUGGGCAUGAAUCGGUGGGUUUUCUGAAAAAGGACUUAUAUAAUCAUGUUGAUAAGAAGAAAAGGAUAAGUUUAGGUGCUGGAGAUGCAGCCAGUGCAUUGAGUUAUUUGCAGCGUAAGGGGGAGAAGGAUCCCAUGUUUUUUUUCAAAUUCACAAGAUCAGGUGAAGAAAAUCUUGAAAACUUGUUUUGGUGCGAUGGAACAAGUCGCCUUGAUUACCAAGCGUUUGGAGAUGUCAUUGUUUUUUACAGCACCUACAAGAAGAACAAGUACAACAAACCGGUUGUUAUCUUUUCUGGCUACAAUCAUCACAAGGAGACUACAAUUUUUGCAUGUGCCUUGGUUUGUGAUGAGACCAUUGAGACUUACAAAUGGGUCCUGAAAGCCUUGGAUGAAGCUAUGUUUGGAAAGCAACCCAAAGCUGUUGUGACUGAUGGAGACAAAUCUAUGCGUGAAGCAGUGAAGGUUGUGUUUCCUAAUGCUACUCAUAGGCUUUGUGGAUGGCAUAUUCAGCAAAACUGUCUUGAGAAAAUUAAGAUUCCAGAUUUCUUGAAUGAAUUUAAGACUUUGAUUUAUGGGAAUUUCACUCCAGAAUGUUUUGAAACUAAAUGGCUGCAAGUGAUUGAAAAGUAUGGUAUUGGUGAGGAAAAAUGGAUUAAACAGACGUAUGAAACUAGGCAGAUGUGGGCAACUGCGUUUAUGCGAGAGAAAUUUUUUUCCGGUAUCAGGACUACCUCUCUAUGUGAAGGCAUUAACUCAUUUAUUAAGAGGUAUGUGCAGUGCAAAAAUAGCAUCCUUGAUUUCAUUUAUAACUUUGAGAGAGCUGUGGAGGAGUAUAGGCAUAAUGAGUUAGCCUCUGAUUUCAAGUCAAGUUAUGGUGAGCAUGUCUUGAUUACUGCUUUGAGUCACAUUGAACAAGGGGCAGCAAAGUUGUUGACAUUGAAUAUGUUUAGGGAAGUGAGACAUAUGAUUCAACGAGCACUUAACCUUAAUCUUGUUGAACGAUCAGAGAUUGGUACCACAGUGAUGAUAAAGUUUAGCAUUUGUCGUCAUCCAAACACUCAGUUCUUGGUCAUUUAUGACAAGAAUCAGAACAUGUUUGAUUGUGAUUGUGGGUUUUCUGAAUAUGUUGGCAUACCUUGUUCUCACAUUAUAUGUGCAAUGAGAACUGAGAACAUGAAUGAAUUCCCUGCUAGUCUUGUUUCUAAAAGGUGGCUGAAGACUGCAAAGGCUGAUUCAUUACAAUCUAUCCCUGCUAUGGAGGUUGAUACUGAUAGAAUGAAAAUGCUGCGUAGAGGUGCAAUUUCUGCUGCAUGCAAAUUUCUGAGUGAAUAUGGUGCUGAUGACUCUUUUGAUUUCUCAAAUGUUAUCGAGGACAUAUACAAGCUUGUCAUGAAAUUUCAGAAACGUCGCCAUCCCAAUUCUGCUGCAACCAAUUUAUUUGUCAUUGGUGACCCAGCUGUUGUCAAAACAAAGGGCGCUCCACGGAAGAAGAAGUAUGAGAAGACGAAAAGGCUAUGCUCUAAUUGCAGAAAGGGUGGCCACACAAUCAGGACAUGUCCUACAUUAUUUGAGGGUAAUGAAGUUGGAGAAAGUUUUGCAGAUGCUGAAGAAGAUGAAGAUUCAUCUGUUGAAAUUGAUGGUGAUAACACUGCUGAUACUCCUGUGCCAUCAUUAGGAGGAGAUAAUGGAGGGCCCAGUUCAAUGAGUACAGUCAAAGCCAAAAGAAAGGUGGAAGAUAGAAGAACCCAAAAUGAUGUUAAACGCAACACUGGAAGUUCCCAAGCUAUGGUGUCACCAACUAUUGAGCAACCUCAAGCUGAUAUUGAAGCCCCUCCAAUGAGUUUCCCAAGUGGGUUCAAUUUGUUUCCCCAAUUCCCUGCGAGCCAGAUUUUACAAUCUUUCCAUCCUUUUGCUUCAUACCAGCAAUCACCUUAUGGCACUCAGUAG